AUGUCAUGUACCUUCCUCUUCCACCGUCUGUCUUCAACCACUUCACAUGAUCUGAUUCCACCUCGUUUCUCUUCAGUGAAGAGAAGCUGGAAAUUCGAUGAUGUGUAUAAACCUUUACAAAUAUGCCGACUUGGGAAAGGUCUUUGGAAGCCGUCGAAGUAUUUGGUUGCCUUCUCGCUGUACAGAUAUGCCGAAAUUCACGAAGGAUUGACCGGGGAAUACUUGAUUGCACCUUUCCAUGAUAUAGGGGUGAAAUGGUAUCAUGCAUUUGAGAUGAGAGCUUCUUGUAUAGAGCUUUCUGAAGAAAAUCGUGCUACUUCAAUGUGAAGAAAUGCUGCAAUUUCGGAUGUUGAUGUUGCUGUACAUGUAUUACCCUGUUUACAGAUAUGUUGACAAUUCAAUGUGAUGUCUUUUGUUGGUUUUUUUGUUACUUUCAAUAGUUGAUUCAUUAUAUUUUAUUAUGGAGCUGGUGAAACUUAACUAUUGUUACUGAAUUUAUGGCAAAUGGAUCACCUACAAGGCUACAAAUUUCCUAAUAAAAGAAUAUAGGAAUUGUUGCAUCUCCAAUAAACACAACACACUACAAUUUCUCCAAGAAAUACAAAAACAUGCUGAUAAUGUACCUUCAAAACACAUUCUUCCUGGUUGCAAGACCAGACCCUGAAGUUCUGGACUUACAGCUUCAAUUCCUGUAGAAAAGUUCUUGUCACAGCCGCUGCAGGAGGGACCGGGCAAUUUGUAGUUAAGGUUCUUAAGAAGGAAUUUGGAAAAGAUGAUGAUAUUUUUAUGAAUCUGUUGGUGGUGACAUGUUUGAUUUGUGCUUCAAUGCAUUAACAGUUUACGGGCAAAUGACUGUCAUUGAAAUCAUCUCUUAGGUUACAAUGAUAGAUUGACAUACAUUUAGUUGUUUUUCUUUUGCUUAUAUUAAUUUGGAGAUGGGCAGAAGAAUAACAUAUGUGUUUCAUGGUUUCAAGGUUUGGCCCUAAGUGACUUAACAGUCAAUUACAAUGAUGCCC